AUGCAUCGUUUCCUGUGCUUCGUCCUGUUGUUCAUCAUUUUGCCAUUUACAUUCCAAGAGGCCGUCGAGGAGGGUGGCUGCGAGUGCGCGGUGUUUGCCAGGCAAAUAUCCGAAUCAAUCAUCGAACGGGCUCUCCCGUAUAAUGUCACGUGCGACGCCGAGGGGGAGAAUAAUUGUCAACAAUUGUGUGUUGCCGUGGCUGAGACCGCGAGAGUAAAGGCGCCCCAAAUGAUUUGUGAGAAACUGAAUACACACGUGGAGAAUCUUCAGGUGGCGGUGUACGCUAAAGUGUGCGACGCGAUCAGCUGGAAAUUCACCGGGUUGAAAGGUGCAGAUCCAAUUUGCUGCCACGAGGGGAAGAGUAUACCUUGCGGUGAUCCAGAUCUAAAUCAGACCGUUUUCAAUUAG